GGAACAAUAAUAACCUUGUAACCAUUUUCAAGUUACAGAGAGAGAGAGAGAGAGAGAGAGUAAUGGCAACAAUGCAAGAGUGUCCAAGGAGUCCAGAAGCGAAACUUGGGAUGCGAGUGGAGGAUCUAUGGGAUGUUCAAGAGGCACAAUUGAGUCCUACUGAGAAGCUCAACGCUUGUUUUGAAAGCAUCCCUGUUUCUGCUUUUCCUUUACCAUCUUCAAACCAAGAAGUUGAAAUAAAAUCGGAUGCUACUUUGGCUGAGGCUGUGAAAAUAUUGGCACAUCAUAAUAUUCUGAGUGCACCUGUGGUGGAUGUUGAUGCACCUGAAGAUGCUAGUUGGAUUGAUAGAUAUAUUGGGAUUCUUGAGUUUGCUGGAAUUGUUGUGUGGAUUUUGCAUCAGUCUGAACCUGCAUCUCCUAGGAGUCCAUCCACUCCAACCAGUGCAAGUGCUAUUGCAGCCAAGGCAAACGGAAAUACUUUUGCUCUUGAACUCGAAGCCUUAGGCCUUGGAUCUGCUGCGACAACUUCAGGAGAUUUUUUCGAGGAUCUUACUUCUUCUGAACUUUAUAAGAACACCAAGGUUCGGGAUAUUUCGGGGACAUUCCGAUGGGCUCCGUUUCUUGCUUUGGAGAGAUCAAACUCAUUUCUAACCAUGCUCUUGUUGCUUUCUAAGUACAAGAUGAAGAGUGUUCCUGUUGUUGAUUUAGGAGCUGGUAGAAUUGAUAACAUUAUCACACAAGCCGCCGUGAUUCAUAUGAUUGCAGAAUGCGCCGGACUUCAGUGGUUUGAAAAUUGGGGGACGAAAAAACUCUCUGAUGUCGGUCUUCCUCUUGUGUCACCAAAACAAAUCAUCAAGGUUUAUGAGGAUGAACCGGUACUUCAAGCAUUUAAAGUGAUGAGGAAAGAGAGGGUUGGAGGAGUGCCUGUCAUCAAAAGAGGCGGCAACACGCCAGUUGGUAAUAUCAGCUUGAGAGAUGUUCAAUUCUUGCUAACGGCCCCAGAAAUCUAUCAUGAUUAUAGGGCUAUUACAGUGAAGGAUUUUAUGACUGCUGUUCGCAGCUACUUAGAGAAGAAUAAAACCGCAUUCUCAAUGUCAUGUGAAUUUGUCACAUGCAAAAUGGACUGUACAGUCAAAGAGUUGAUUCAAUUGCUUGACAGAGAGAAGAUUCAUAGGGUCUAUGUUGUGGACGACGACGGGGAACUUGAAGGACUAAUCACGCUAAGAGAUAUCCUCUCAAGACUAGUACAUGAGCCCCGUGGCUAUUUUGGCGACUUCUUUGACGGUGUUCUCCCGCUACCUGCUAACAGCAGGGUUUAACAGACAGUAAAUACAAGAAGAAUAAUUUGCUCUUGCAACGAUUUCUUUUUUUGUUUUUUUUUUCCAAUAAUUCUUGAGUGAAGAAGAAAAGUAAAAAAUAUGUAUUUAUCUUGAGUGUUGAAGAUGUGUACCUAGGUUUUUGUAAUGUGUAGGCAAUUUGCAAGUUACUUGAACCUGUUUUAACUAACGUUAGAAUCGGACUUUAUCUACUGUAAAUUCUGGUGUAACCACAAGUUCUGUGAAAUUUUGAGUUGUUUCUGUU